ACGAGAGGAGGAGGUUAGAUUGAUCGAGAGGGAAGAAGAGGAGGAAGAGGGGAUUGGUUCUUCUAGUAAUGGGAGAAUCAAGCGGAUCGGUCUCGGUGGACGUGGAGAGGAUCUCCUUUGGAGGGAAGGAGCAUCAUGUGUUAACAAGCCAUGGUCCGAUUUCAGUUGCUGUUUAUGGGGAUCUGGAAAAGCCUGCACUUGUUACUUAUCCAGAUGUUGCUUUAAACCAUAUGUCAUGCUUUCAAGGGCUGUUUUUUUGUCCGGAAGCUGCUUCUUUGCUGCUUCAUAAUUUCUGCAUAUACCAUAUUAGUCCUCCAGGUCAUGAGUUGGGUGCUGCUCCAAUUUCUUCAGAUGAACCAGUGCUUUCUUUAGAUCAGUUAGCUGAUCAGGUGGCAGAAGUUCUUGAUUUCUUUGGGUUGGAAACUGUCAUGUGCUUUGGGGUCACAGCUGGUGCUUAUAUUCUUACCCUUUUUGCUACUAAAUAUAGGGAGCAUGUCCUAGGACUGAUACUCGUCUCACCUCUUUGUAAGGCUCCCUCAUGGUCAGAGUGGUUAUAUAUGAAGGUAGUGUCAAAUUUCCUCUAUUUUUAUGGAAUGUGUGGCUUAGUCAAGGAGUACUUACUCCAACGAUACUUCAGUAAGGAAGUACGAGGAAGUUCACAGGUUCCCGAGUCAGAUAUAGUACAAGCCUGUAGAAGUUUGCUGGAUGAGAAGCAGAGUGCAAAUGUCUGGUGGUUUCUUCAGUCAAUUAAUGGGAGACAUGACUUGACUGAAGCAUUGAAGAAACUUCAGUGUCGGACUCUAAUUUUUGUGGGUGAGGACUCCCCAUUUCACUCGGAGGCCCUCCACAUGUCCGCAAAGCUGGACAAGAGAUACAGUGCAUUGGUUGAGGUUCAGGGAUGUGGGUCGGUGGUGACGGAAGAGCAGCCCCACGCCAUGCUGAUACCAAUGGAGUACUUCCUCAUGGGGUAUGGAUUGUACCGUCCAAGCCAACUGAGCUACAGCCCGCGAAGUCCCCUCAGUCCAUUGUGCAUCUCUCCGGAGUUGCUUUCCCCAGAGAGCAUGGGAGUGAAGCUAAAGCCCAUCAAGACUCGAAUACCCGCUGAAGUUUGAGGAGCUCAAAUUCAACAUUUGAGUUGUGACUACACGGGGGCUCAUGCAAGCUGCAAUGCCAACAUCAGUUUUGCAAACCAUGUAAACUCUGACAUGUACUUCCUAUACAUAUAGAGUGUUUCUUUUUGUGUUCUUUUAGUGUAAGACCAGGUUACUGGACUGUACAUAUUAUUAUCAAGGGUUGGCUGGAAUCCGUAGACAGUAAUCUGGUAACAUCUUACUCUAUUCUUUUGUACUCCUUGUAAAGUUAUUGUUUAUGAUGACAGAAUAAGGAAUGAGAGAGAUGGGCUGUACUCCAUCAUUAGUAGCUUUGU